GGGGAGGGGGCCCGGUCCGGGAGUGCGGGAGGCAGUGGUAGAGGGAGGUGGCGGUAGCGGACUGGAGUCUCAACCGCGCCAAGGCGGACACUUCGGCGAAGCGAGGCAGUCGGAACACGGAGCGCCCAAGGCAGCACCGGGAAUCCCGGCUUAGAGGAGGGGGUCGCCGGACCGGGUGGAGGGGAGGGGGCGAUGCUGGAAGCCAUGGCGGAGCCCAGUCCCGAAGAUCCACCUCCGACUCUGAAGGCAGAGACUCAGCCACCGGAGAAGCGGCGGAGAACAAUUGAGGAUUUCAACAAAUUCUGCAGUUUUGUCUUGGCCUAUGCGGGUUACAUUCCUCCUAGCAAAGAGGAAAGCGACUGGCCAGCUUCUGGCUCUAGCUCUCCAUUGCGAGGGGAGAGUGCAGCAGACAGUGAUGGCUGGGACUCAGCCCCCUCGGACCUUCGAACUAUCCAGACUUUUGUUAAGAAAGCAAAGUCAUCAAAGAGAAGGGCAGCUCAAGCAGGUCCUACCCAGCCAGGACCCCCAAGGUCCACUUUUUCUCGUCUGCAGGCCCCUGACAGUGCCACUCUGCUGGAGAAGAUGAAGCUGAAGGACUCUCUGUUUGAUCUGGACGGGCCCAAAGUGGCCUCUCCACUGUCUCCCACGCCCCUGACGCAUUCCUCCCGCUCCCCCGCGUCUCUCACCUCAGUACCGCUUUCCCAGGGCACCUCUCAGCCUCGAAAGAAGGACCGAAAGAACAGAAAGUUGGGACCAGGCGGCGGGGCCGGCUUUGGGGUGCUUCGGAGGCCUCGGCCGGCUCCUGGGGAUGGGGAAAAACGGUCUCGGAUCAAGAAGAGCAAGAAGCGGAAGUUGAAAAAGGCAGAUCGUGGGGAUCGACUCCCCCCUCCUGGCCCUCCUAGGGCACCUCCCAGUGAUACAGACUCUGAAGAGGAGGAGGAAGAGGAGGAGGAGGAGGAGGAUGAAGAAGAGAUGACAGCAGUGGUGGGGGGUGAAGUCCCUGUGCUCCCAACACCCCCUGAAGCCCCCAGGCCCCCCGUUUCUGUGCACCCCGACGGUGCACCCCCUACUGACAGUGAGGGCAAGGAGGUGGGCAGCACAGAGACAAGCCAAGAUGGGGACGCCAGCUCCAGUGAAGGCGAGAUGCGGGUCAUGGAUGAGGACAUCAUGGUGGAAUCGGGUGAUGACUCAUGGGAUCUGAUCACAUGUUACUGUAGAAAGCCCUUUGCUGGGCGGCCCAUGAUUGAGUGCAGCCUAUGUGGGACGUGGAUCCACCUCUCCUGUGCUAAGAUUAAGAAGACCAAUGUUCCUGACUUCUUUUAUUGCCAGAAAUGCAAGGAACUUCGGCCAGAGGCCCGGCGGUUAGGGGGUCUUCCCAAAUCGGGAGAACCCUGACGUCACUCUUAGAGGCUGGAACUUCUGACGUUACUUGGGAACUGAGACUCAGAGUCUUCAGCCUCUUCCAGGCCGGAUUUCCUUCCCAAGGGAGACUUGUUUGGAAAUGAGUAUCUUCUACUCUGUCCUUCCUGCUCCGUGGACUUGAAUUGGACCCCUUCCAGCUGGGUCAGGGGAGGCUGGAUCUAUAGACAAAUCUCUGUCCGGUGGACCUGCCCCCCUUCACGUUCAGGGCCAGGGCUCAAACUGGGAUGUAAUGGGAUAGUUGUCUAUAAAAUGUAGUGUAAAUACAGCGCUCCCUCAUGUUUCCUUCUCUCUCACUCCCGUUUACUUUCUUCUACACCAGUUGUAUUUUUCAUUUUGAACUCCCAUGUUUGAGCCUGGCGCUUGCUCAAAGGCGGAGGGAGUACCAUACCUGGUGGAGUGGGGGAGGAGAGCGAAAAGGUGUCAGUUCCCACUAGCCUCGUUUUUAAUAAUAACUGGCUGGCCGCCUGCACAGCCAGCCAGUGUUGUAAAUAAAGCAGAGUGGGCUCUUGUGUUUUACAA